AUGGCUACACGACUCUCGCGCCCGUUGCUGCGCCGCGUGCCGGCCACGUGCCCUUUAACGGCUCCGGUGACAACCUCAGCCGCCCAACUGUCCUCUCGGACCUUCGCCAGCGCCAACGAACGCUUUGACGAGUCACUCCCGCGAGACUUUCGGCGCUGGCUGAAGGCCGAAGUCGCGUUGCUCGUCUGUCUGGCAGCCGCUGGAGCUGUUGGCGUCCACUUGUAUCAGAACCGCAGCAAUGCGCCAGUGAAUCAGGUCGAGCGGCUCGUGGAAGCAGCGAAACAAAGUGCACAGGAGGAAGACCGCGAACAAGCGCUCAAGCAUUGUCUACACGCGUACGACGUCGUCAAGCGCACGAAUCCGAAAGAUCGCCACUUGUUUGAGCUCGCGUUCGCCAUUGCUGCGCAAUACGAAGACUUGGAAAGAGGCGCGCCGGCAACAAAGUACUACCUCGAUGCGCUGGAGCACACCUCGCACGAAGCAAAAGUCGCGAAAAGGGAGCGGAACCGCGUCAUUACGCUCGAUCGCAUUGCGCAGUCUUACAUGAACAGAGGGCAUGGCGAGACUGCAGAGAGGUACUUCAGACAGGCUAUCAGUGCGUACGAUCAAAGUCGAGGACGACGAGCGAUCUCAAAAGUUUCGACAAGCGAUCGUGCAGAUCUUGCGGCACUGGAUCGAGAGAUCGCCGCGGUGCUGUUCAACUACUCGCAGCUGAUGAUGGCGGAUAAGCGCUUGGACGAGGCUGGAAACGUGUUGCAACGUGCCUUGCGCCUCGCGCGCUCGUCCUUGUUGUCCGAGGAACACGCUGAUCUUAUCAAAGGUGCCAUUGCCACCGUCCAGUCAGCCAAGGCAAUGGAAACAACACGUGUGGAACCAGACGAGUAG